ACAGUCGUGCGUUGCUUUUUCGUUUCGUGUGUCGUCACACAAUUCAGCGAGGUGUACGAAUCGAUCGCCACGGCACGUUUUAUCGGAUGAAUUUACAAGCGUUCGUCUAUCAAAUAUCCUGAAAUAUUAGCCGACUCGAUGAUCGGUCAGAAAGUAAUCGGCUAACAGCUAGCAACUCCUCCUGAGAAUCGAUGCGAACCGCCAAACUCCAAGAGUCGGAAGUUCGAUAGAAUCUAACGAUUGUGUCGGAAAGGUCGAGUUUGGAAAUGUCUAAUUUUAGUAGCAACAACGAAGGUUUCCGAGUUCGAAGGUUCCUCCCACGAUGUAACGUGAUUCGCGAGGUACGUUCACGAGGCUCUCGUUGAUAACGAGAUCGUGUGCUCGGUGAAGAUUAAGCGUACCUCUCAAACCAUAAGAACGAGUCCCACGCUCUCGUCGAGCUAGUCCUCGAAACGCCCUGUAUCGCCAGGUCGUGUUCGCGUAGGAACGAAAGUGUGUGCGUCUAUCGUUGAACGCGACACGCUAAAUUGGGAUUCUUCGCGAGACCACGCGCGUCGUUCCCGCUUCCGCCAAUUAUGACAAUUGUGCAAAAAAUUCCAUGGGACCACUCGGUCUUAUCGUUUAUCUUCUUUUUUUUUCCACUUGGUCUCGCGAGACCCGAACGUGUGUAGGUAUCUCCGAGCUCGGUAUCAUCGGGAUGUGUGUGUCUCUUAAGUAUGCGGUAAUCGAAAACAAUGCUGAUCAUUGCGUAAUAACGAGACAGACGGUUCACAGUUCAUUUCUGGCACGAGCUAGGCCUCAUUUUAUUCCCAAAUACCGAGUAUAUGUAUAACGUAAAUAACGAAAUGCGUAGUGGCCGUGAAAUUGUAAUUACAACGAUCCUAUUUUAAGUGUCUCGUCCUCUGAGUGAGUGAAAAGGGGGUCUUCUAGCUAACAGCGGAAGCCAGCCGAUGGACCAGAUUUAUGCCCGGAAGACGAUGAAUUAAUUGCUAUCGGCGCGUAUUAACUGGUCACUCGGCGAGUCAAGGAUCAGUUGACGUUUGAUCAUCGUGGGGAUCGCAUCGCUUCGUUUCCUACCACGCGACUUUCCACGACGAGCAUCCACGCUCGUUUCUUCGUUCUUUCUUUAUUCACACUCGCGUGCUCUUUCUCUCUCUAUCUCGAGAAAGAGAGAGAGAGAGAGAGUGACAGUGCCGAUUAACACGGUGACGAUUUAUUUGAAGAGUAACAAGUGUCAGUUAUAGUCGGAAGUGUCGUUACCGACUAACCGAGGUACACGCAUAUCGGUCGCAAGCCGCUGAUGAUUAUUUGUAAAUAGCGAAAAAUGUGGCUGAAGGAUGUGAAUGACGGCGCCUUGCCAGCUGCGAAUUUCGUGAACUCGCGACGCGGCAUCCAGAACGAAAUUUUUGUGAAUCGUAGCCUUCAUUUAGAAAAUAUCAAGUUCUAUGGCUUCGACAUGGAUUACACGCUAGCAGAGUACAAGUCGCCGCAAUACGAACAGCUAGGAUUCACGUUAUUGAAGGAUCGUCUUGUUUCACUGGGAUACCCACACGAGAUCAAAGCCUUCGAAUACGAUCCAAGUUUCCCCGUGCGAGGAUUAUGGUUCGACACGCUUUACGGGAACCUGCUCAAAGUAGACGCCUACGGGAACAUUCUCGUUUGCGUUCACGGCUUCGAGUUCUUGAAACAUUCACAAGUAUACGAGCUUUAUCCGAAUAAAUUUUUACAAUUGGACGAAUCCAGGGUAUACGUGCUCAACACGCUGUUCAAUCUUCCCGAGACGUAUUUGUUGGCAUGUUUGAUAGACUUUUUCACGAAUUCGCCGCAAUACACGCGCGAGAAGACGGGGGUGAAGGAGGGCGAGCUCACGAUGAGCUUCAAGAGCAUUUUCCAGGACGUGAGGAACGCUGUGGACUGGAUACAUCUCCACGGCGAUUUGAAGACAAAGACCAUCGAAAACCUGGACGAGUACGUGAAGAAAGACAAGAGGCUGCCGAUGUUCCUUCACAGAAUCAGGGAGAGCGGGGCGAAAGUGUUCCUUUUAACGAACAGCGACUACGUCUUCACCGACAGGAUCAUGACGUAUCUGUUUGACUUUCCGCACGGAGCUAAGGCCGACGAACCGCAUAGAAAUUGGAAAACGUAUUUCGACACUAUCGUAGUGGACGCUAGGAAACCGCUGUUUUUCGGCGAGGGUACGAUCUUGCGGCAAGUCAAUACCAGAACUGGUGCUUUAAAACUAGGAACACACAAGGGCCCGCUUCAUACAGGGGAAGUAUACUCGGGUGGUUCGUGCGACGUGUUCACCGAACUGAUAGGCGCGAAAGGCAAGGAUGUGUUAUACGUUGGAGAUCACAUUUUCGGCGAUAUCUUAAAGAGUAAGAAGAUCAGGGGAUGGAGAACGUUCUUGAUAGUGCCCGAACUGGUACAGGAGCUACACGUUUGGACGGACAAGUGUCAAUUAUUCGCAGAGUUACAGAAUUUGGACGUUAUGCUAGGUGAUAUGUACAAAGAUUUAGAUAGCAGCACAAAAGAGAAACCUGAUAUUUCGAAGCUACGGGCGUCCAUAAGGGACGUAACGCACAAGAUGGAUUUAGCGUAUGGAAUGAUGGGCUCGUUAUUCCGUAGCGGUAGCAGGCAAACGUUUUUCAGUAGCCAAGUAGUCAGGUAUGCCGAUCUUUACGCGGCAACCUUCUUAAAUCUCAUUUAUUACCCGUUUUCGUACAUGUUCCGAGCUCCCGCCAUGUUGAUGCCUCACGAGAGCACGGUCGCUCAUGAACAGAGGUUCGUUAUGGGAACGCCGAUGAUCAGUCGAUCGCGGACUUUUAGGACCGAGGAGGAAGAGGAGCCGAACAAACCGAACAAGUCUUUGUACGUGGACUGCUCCAACAAUCAAAUACCGCACGCGAGGCCCGAGACACCGCGUAACGUGACACACACGCACGACGAGGAUUGCAGCGACGAGGACAGCGACUCGCAGAAGCAAGCGAAUCACAUUACCGAUUUUAACAGCCCACUUUAUGUCGAAAAGGGAUCGAACGCAAUCCUGCCGCAUUAAAAUGUUUUUCUGCUUUAAAAUAUGUUUGAUCAAGUCGUGGAAUUUCUAAUCUCAUUCCUCGUGUGAUAAAAGUCGAGUCGCGCCGAGUUGCGUCGGGUCGUCUUCCGUCGUUUCAUUUGCGUCCGUUUUACUGCUACGUUUGUCAGAGCUAUUACCUUGAAAAAUGGUGGGCCUCGUAUAGUGAACACGUCGUCGUUGGUGUGUACGUUCGUUUAUCGAUUUAGCUAGAUGCGUUUAUUUACAUGCGUGUUGAACAGUACGACGAGAUACGUGUAUACGGAAAUGGGUACUCGUGUACAAGUUUUUAAAUUAUAUAUAGUAGGUACACAGGUCGAGUCGGAAGCUAAUCGAACGAGACGUACGUUCGUGUUAGUAAUAACUUUGCUAUAAAGAAGAACAUACUUUAUUAUUUCGUAACGACGACGACGACGAUGACGAGUUUUAGUUUUUUAUCAUUUUUCAAACCUGUGUAUCUCGCGCAACGACGUUUUUAGAGAUAUUUAACAAUUUGUCUUACGAAGGCGGGAUCUUAAUGCUGAACUGCGGGAUUCUAAUUCUGUACUGCGCGUUUCAUGAGUUCAGCCUCGUGCAAUAUAGUUAGGAACUUGUUAUUGUACCACGUGUAGUAAAGGUCAUGAUUAUAGAAAACAGUGUAAAAAUUCAAGUACUAGGGGCAGUUAAUCUUUUUACAUAAAGUUCAAGCUUAAAGAUUCAGUAAAGAGGGGUAAUGUAGUGACGAAGAACGGACUUGUUAUUAAUUAUUUGUUAUAAAACGUACUCGUGUCAGAUUGUAUUCUUAGUUUCUUUUACUGCGUACACGUGAACCUUGUUAUCAAUUGUAAAAAGUCGGCAAAUUGAUCAAUAAGUCAUUUUGUAAGACAAUACUUUGAUGUUAUGCAAAUCGAAGGCAUCACGAAUUAGACAUACCUCGAUUUUAACAAAGGAAAUAUUCAACCGAUACCUUUGCAACGUAUGCGAGGAUAUUUUAUACUAGGUAUAAAAAUGGAAUGUAAUCGAUAUUAUUAUAUUAGGUAAACGUUAGCUGUAUCGGCAGUUUGCAGCUAAAUUACUUCAGAGUUCACUUAUUGUCAAUAAUGUAUAUAUAUAUAUACAUCGCGAAGGUUGUUGAACGCAUUCGACUGCAAUAAAAAUAGAUAUAUACAUAUAUAUAUAUAUAUAUAUAGUUAUAUUUAUUUAUUAUACGAUGUACACGUUCUCAUAUCUUGUACAUGUACACACAAAUAAAUCCGUUGGUGCUAGAUUUCUUUGUAUGAAAAAAACUUUGAGAUUUCGUUGCUAGUAAGACGGGUGAUUACUUUGCGUGUAAAAGUUGAGAAAAUAUAUUGUGCAAUAUAAUACGAGUAGAGCGUACCGAUCGAAAUAAAGAUACAACAACUA